GCAGCUGCACGUCCCAGGGCUCCUGACCUCUUCGCGUUUGCAGUGUAGCCCAAGUCGGUCAGCACUGGAGGACCUCAGCAUCCAUGUCGAAGCCCCAUAGUGAAGCCGGGACUGCCUUCAUUGAGACCCAGCAGCUACAUACAGCCAUGGCUGACACAUUCCUGGAGCACGUAUGCCACCUGGACAUUCACACACCACCCAUCACAGCCUGGAACACUGGCAUCAUCUGUACCAUUAGUCCAGCUUCCCAAUUGGUGGAGAUGUUGAAGGAGAUGAUUAAGUCUGGAAUGAAUGUGGCUUGUCUGAACUUCUCUCAUGGAACUCAUGAGUACCACGUGGAGACCAUCAAGAAUGUGUGCACAGCCACGGAAAGCUUUGCUGCUGACCCCAUCCUCUACUGGCCCGUUGCUUUGGCUCUGGAUACUAAAGGACCUGAGAUCCGAACUGGGCUCAUCAAGGGCAGCAGCACCACGGAGGUGGGGCUGAAGAUGGGAGCCAUUCUCAAAAUCAUGCUGGAUAAUGCCUACAUGAAAAAGUGUGACGAGAACAUCCUGUGGCUGGACUACAGGAACAUCUGCAAGGUGAUGGAAGUGGGCAGCAAGAUCUAUGUGGAUGAUGGGCUUAUUUCUCUCCAGGGAAAGCAGAAAGGUGCUGACUUCCUGGUGACGGAGGUGGAAAAUGGUGGUUCCUCAGGCAGCAAGAAGAGUGUGAACCUUCCUGGGGCUGCUGUGGACUUGCCUGCUGUGUCAGAGGACAACCAGGACCUGAAGUUUGGGGUCGAACAGGAUGUCGAUAUGGUGUUUGCGUCGUUCAUCUGCAAGGCAUCCGACGUCUAUGAAGUUAGGGAGGCCCUGGGAGAGAAGGGAAAGAACAUCAAGAUAAUCAACAAAAUCGAGAAUCACGUGGGGGUUCGGAGGUUUGAUGAAAUCCUAGAGUCCAGUGAUGGGAUCAUGGUGGCUGGUGGUGAUCUAGGCAUUGAGAUUCCUGCAGAGAAGGUCUUCCUUGCUCAGAAGAUGAUGAUUGGGCGUUGCAGCUGAGCUGGGAAGCCUAUCUGUGACAGUGAUGUGGCCAAUGCAGUACUGAAUAGAGCCGACUGCAUCAUGCUGUCUGGAGAAACAGCCAAAGGGAAUCUGGGGGCUAGGCGCAUGCAGCACCUGAUUGCCCAUGAGGCAGAGGCUGCCAUCUACACUUGCAAUUAUUUGAGGAACUCCUGCCGCCUGACGCCCAUUACCAGCAACCCCACGAAAGCCACCGCCGUGGGUGCCAACGAGGCCUUCUUCAAGUGCUGCAGUGGGGCCAUAAUCGUCCUCACCAAGUCUGGCAGGUCUGCUCACCAGGUGGCUAGAUACCGCCCACGUGCCCCCAUCAUUGCUGUGACAUGGAAUCCCCAGACAGCUCGUCAGGCCCACCUGUACUGUGGCAUCUUCCCUGUGCUGUGCAAGGACCUAGUCCAGGAGGCCAUGGCUGAGGAUGUGGACUGCUGGGUGAACUUGGCCCUGAAUGUUGGCAAGGCCCGAGGUUUCUUUAAGAAGGGAGAUGUAGUCAUUGUGCUGACCGGGUGGUGCCCUGGCUUUGGCUUCACCAACACUAUGCGUGUUGUUCCUGUGCGGUGA